CCGGCAACCCCGUCAUCAUUUAUCCGUGAGGGUUGACCCUUCGAUCGACCCUGCAUAUCGUGUAUCUGCAUCCUCCCCAAUCCCCGCGACCACAUCUCACACACGGCGUGUAACCAUGUGCUGACGCCCUUCAAACCCCCACACUGCAAAGUCGAUCGCCCAAAACGUCUGGAAACUGCCAAUUUCGCAGGCCCGCAAAGCCAUGGAGGCGGAGAAUCGUGGCCUGGAUCUGGAGAGGGAGUUGAUGUGCUCUAUCUGCACGGAGGUCCUCUACCAGCCUCUGACGCUCCUCGAUUGCCUCCAUACCUUCUGCGGAUCGUGCCUGAAGGAAUGGUUCAACUGGCAGCUGACUGCCUCGCGGAAUGCUGGUGGUUCGAGCCAGUAUACCUGUCCGUCAUGCCGUGCGCCGGUGCGAGACACGAAGCAUAAUGCGACGGUGACUACGCUGCUAGAGAUGUUCUUGGCGGCGAACCCGGAGAAGGCGAAGAGCGAGGAGGAGAAGGGAGAGAUGGAGAAGCGGUACAAGCCGGGGGACGAGGUGCUACCUAAAAUAGAAAUCCGGGAGAAGACCCUACGGGAGAGGAUUGCGGAAGAUGAAGAUAGGAGAUUGAUGGAGGAGGUCAGGAAUAUGAGCCUCAGGGAGGUGGGGGUAGAGCCCCCAGAAGCAGCUCGUAGGGAGCAUAGAAGAAGGGACGAGGGCAGAUCUUACGCGCACAGAUCACAGUCUAGUCGGGAUCAUAGCAGGGACAAUAGAGGCACGGAGGAGCGAGAGAGACGGCGACGGCGAGAAGCAGAGGCUGAAUAUCGAAGAGCCCGGGACGAUAUAAAUCUCCGCCCAGGAGCGCGGGACGAGGACCGGAGACGCAGACGCAGCGAAGAGGAGUCAAGGAGGAGAAAUGAAGAAACUCACCGUACGGUGGAACGCCAGGUUGAACACCAGUCAUCUCUACGGUCCUUGAUCAGCUCAUCAGACAUCGAUUCUCGCGAAAUGGAGGAGGAAAUUCUACGUCAGAUCAGGGAAGAGGGACUUCUGGAUGGAAUAGACCUCGAGAAUAUUGAUGUCAAUCAAGAAGACCAGAUUAGUGAGAGGAUUGCUGAGGCGUUCAGGAGACGACAGAGUGAGAGGGCAAGGCAAGAACCAGCCAGAAGGAGUGAUGCGAGUGGCAGACGCUCACAGACUCGGAGUUCUGCUACUGAAGGAAGAGAGGCAUCACGCGAUGGGAGCAGUGGAACGACGAGGAGACACGGGACUCACUCCAGAUCACCCAGCGGAGCCACUGUGGUCGAUGAGCAGAGAAGACCACCACCAUCUAUGAGCGCGGUCCAGUCAGCUCACCUCGAGCUCAAUGCCAGUAAUGAGGCUAGGAGGAGGAGAAGGAGGACUAUGAGUAGCGGUCGAAGUGCUACCGCCCCCGUAAUCGUGGAAUCACGCCCUGCAGCCCGAUCACAGACCGAUCUCAGUGGUAGACCGCUUUCAACGCAGAUACCUGCUGUACGACCACUGACAAUAUCACAAACAAGAAGUAGUACAGAUCCAACUCUCCGGCCCGGCGCUGAACUACCAACUUCUGAUCGAUCUUCGCGAGAAUCUCAGCCAGCACCAACAUCCAGUUCUAGUGCCGCGACCAACAUACCAUUACGACCCAAAGAACCCUCAGCAGUUACAGUUACUUCUACAACUAUGCCUAAAAUCCGCACAGCCCCACCCGUUGAGAUCUCUGUGCCGACCUCUGCUUCAUGGACCGCCUCUACAGAAGAAGUCGACCGGUCCUUACUACCCCUCCCGUUAUCGCCUCGUGCUCCUUCACAACUCUCACUCUCCGAGAAGGUUACUGCUAUAUCGAGUGGCUCUAGACCAACUUCUUCAUCUUCGUCGACAUCACGAACUCGACCAGAGUUCUACCCCGAGCCAUCUAUAACAUGCGCAAGGUGUAGCAGACCACAUAUUGAAUACGAACUCCAUUACAACUGUGGUAUCUGUUCUGGCGGCAAUUAUAACAUCUGCCUUCAAUGUUACCGGGCAGGUAAAGGCUGCUUGUACUGGUUUGGAUUUGGCUAUGCAGCGUUUGCGAAAUGGGAAAACCAGACCCUUUCCGGAGUGUUGCCGCCAGACGCAGAAAGGCCACACAUGCUCCAUGCGAGUCGUUAUGUCCCUCCGAAAAUCCCUGCUGGAGGAGCUGAUGGACGAAGAACGCUCACUACCGAUGAUCCACAGAGGAGGCUACAAAGUGGUGUCUUCUGUGCAAAUUGUUUAGCAUGGACGAACGAAUGCUACUGGCGCUGCGACGUUUGUAAUGAUGGUGACUGGGGAUUCUGCAACCUCUGUGUUAACCAAGGAAGAUGCUGCACGCAUUCCUUGCUGCCCCUCACCUACAAACCCUCUGAAACUUAUGUUGCACCAUUGUUGCCAAGUCAGGAUCACAGGGCGCCUCCAUCGGCGACCAUUCUCACGGGACCAAACGUGACCAGCUACGGGUCAUUCAAGCCUCUUACUUUUGUGACAACUUGCGACGUCUGUCGUUAUCCAAUCCAGCCUACGAGCAGUCGGUAUCACUGCUUCUCCUGUACUAGCAGAGUUCCCAACACCCAACCCGGGGACUAUGAUAUCUGUGCAACUUGCUACCCGAAGCUCGUCACCUCCCGACGGAUCAGCGCUGAAAAUGGACCGAAUGGCUGGCGCCGCUGUCUGCGCGGCCAUCGCAUGAUCGUCGUCGGCUUCGAAGAUAACCGCAGUGGGCAACGCCGCGUCAUCGUGAAAGACCUCGUUGGCGGCCGCGGUCUGAUCGAGGAGCCCAGCCCAUCCAAGGACCACUCCAGCGGGGAGCUCCAGCAAUGGAGCUGGGGAAACGGGGUGCACAUCAGCGGCGACCGAUCCCACAAGAGACUAGUGACGAACGAUGUCAUGAAGACGGCACCAGCCAGCUCGCCCGGCCCGCCACCCGAGACCGGGUUCCCGCCUGACGGAGGCGUGGGCAUGACGGCCGUCGCGAUCUGGGGUUGGUACCCGACGGCCGACGCCGAGGACGAGCUGCUCUUCCCCAAGGGCGCGGAGAUCAAGGAGUGCAAGGAUGUCAACACGGACUGGUAUUUCGGGACGUAUAUGGGCAAGACGGGACUGUUUCAGGCGAACUAUGUCCGGGUCAUGGAUACGGGCGUCAGGAUCUAGGGUACGGUAUUAUAUUGCGUAUCUCUCUCUCCGUCUCUCUCUCGCUCUCGUUGGAUUAUUUAGUUCUUGAUACGCGAGAUGAUAAUCUAUAAUUCUUGAACUUGUGGAAGUGUGGGAGCAUGAGAGAUGAUGAGGGAUGUCAUCACGGAUUCGUUUUCUGUGUCGCCCAAUAUAAAUAACAGAUUCUAUUGAUUCUUCUGUGAAACCCAAUAGAAUGAUAACUGUGAAAAUGAAGGGGGGAGAGGGGAUGGAUGUGAGAUGCAACGCAAAUGAG